AUGAACAAAAACGGAACAGCUAAAAUGAAUGAUAAUCAAAUAAGAGCCGAAGGUAGAAGGUUAUUUAAACGCUAUAACAUUCCUGAUGGUGUUAAUCCUAAAACUCGUAGAAGUUAUUUAAAUGAAGCCAUAGAUGCAUAUGAAGGAUUUGACAUUUCAUCAGAAAGUGAGAGGUUAGCAAGAAUGUUAAACGUUAAUAUUGAUUUCUAUUAUUGUGACCCUCAACCAGAAGACGUAGACAUUAACAAGGUAGACUUUCCAUUAGUGGAAACAAUAAUGAUAGAUCCAGAAUUUGAAACAGUAAAUAUUUUAUUAACACAGAGUCCAUGUGGAAAACUUCACGCUGACAGAAUAACAGACGUUGAAGCACUCACAGGAUAUAAAGUUUGCCCCUUUUGCAAAGAAGAAGUAUAUUCUAUCCGUGAUGAUCCAGAAAGGAAAAACCAAAGAAGAUUUUUAAAACAUUGUGAGAAAUGUAAAGAAAAUAAUGGAAGAUUAAUUCAAGACGUACAAUUGCAAAACACACAACAACCAUAUGCACCACAUAUCACGAAACAGAAGAUAUAUCAAUGGCUAUUAGCACAUAAUUUGCAGGAAUAUUAUAAACCAACAAGAUAUUAUAUUACUUUUGACUUCGAAACAUUAGAGACUAAAGAAGAACUUCAACUUUCUGAGUGUGCAACUUUGAACGCUUACUUAAAACCAUUUAUGGUAUCAUCAACGGUUAAAUUAAACGAUAAAACAUUUACGAGGAAUUUUUGCUUAACAUCAAGUGAUUCGUUCAUCUCUGAUUGGAUUGAAUUUUUAUUUUCAACCUGUUCAUUAGUUGCUAAAUCAAAUAUUGAACAAUAUGAAGAAUUAUUGAAGUCCCAUACAUUAAUGAGAAACAAAAGGGAGCAAUGA